GUUGAUUCCCAUCACUCUCACAUGGACCCAGGAAACCAAACACGUGUUUCAGAGUUUAUGCUCCUAGGGCUCUCAGAAGAGACAAAGAUGCAGCCCCUUCUCUUUGGGCUGUUCCUGUCCAUGUACCUGAUCACCUUCAUUGGGAACCUUCUCAUCAUUCUGGCCAUUAUCACUGACUCCCACCUCCACACACCUAUGUACUUCUUCCUCUCCAACCUGUCAUUUGUUGACAUCUGUUUCACCUCCACCACUGUCCCAAAGAUGCUGCUGAACAUUUGGACCCAGAGCAAAGUCAUAACCUAUGAAGGCUGCCUCAGCCAGAUGUAUUUUUUCAUGUUUUUUGGACAACUGGAAAACUUACUCUUGACAGUGAUGGCCUAUGACCGAUUUGUGGCCAUCUGUCAUCCACUGCACUACAGAGUCAUCAUGAACCCCAAGUUAUGUGGCCUUUUGCUACUGGCAUCCUCGUUAUUGAGUGCUUCGGACUCUCUAUUACACGACUUAAUGAUUUUGCGACUACCUUUUUGUAUAGAGUUAGAAAUUCCCCAUUUUUUCUGUGAACUUAAUCAGGUAGUCCAACUUGCUUGUUCUGGCACCUUCCCCAAUGACCUAGUGAUGUAUUUUGCAACUGGACUUCUUGGUGUUAUUCCACUCACUGGUAUCUUUUUUUCUUAUUCUAAGAUUGUCUCCACCAUUUUGAAAAUUUCAUCAGCUAGUGGCAAGUAUAAAGCAUUUUCCACUUGUGGGUCUCACAUUUCAGUAGUUUUCUUGUUCUAUGGUACAUUUGUUGGAGUAUAUCUUAGUUCUGCUGCUACCCAAAUCUCCAGGAAAACUGCAAUAGCCUCAGUGAUGUACACUGUGAUCACACCCAUGCUGAACCCUUUUAUCUAUAGUCUUAGAAACAAGGACAUAAAACAAGCUCUAAAAAACCUUAUCAGCUAGAGACAUUCUUUAUAUAAAAGAAUCAUUUCUCCAGGUUUUGAUAGUCGGUCAUGAGUAACAGAGCUUGAAAACCUAGACCUCA